CAGCGGGCAACUUUCAAAAUCAAGUGUGAAGUCCCCAGCUCAGGCCGUUACCUUACGACCCCGGCACUCCAGUCAAGCCCCAGGGGAAAAGAUGAGAGCCAAGAGGCCUUCCAUGUCUGAACCAAAGUCCACAGAGUCCCCAGGUUCUGGCUGUGGUGUUUCAGCUCAGAGAAGUUCACAGCAGGGUCCAGAGAUGGUCUCAGUGAAGCUGGAGGACUGCAGUCAAACACUGGAACUUAAUGUGAUUGUCAAAGAGGAAUGGGAGGAGAGAGGAAUCGAGGAGGAGAGAGAAGUCAAAGAGGAGGUGGAGAACAGGGAAGUGUCUGCUCCAGACCAAGAGGAGGAGGCAGCAGUAGAUAGUAUCACUGACCCAGGGGAGAUCUCCAACCCAUGUUCAGACAGUGAGCCCAGUUCCACAGAAUCAGGAAACCAUAAACAACACAGACGGAGGAACUCAAGACAGAAACAUCACCACUGCAUGGACUGCUUCACUAGUUUCUGUGAUCCAGAGGAGUUGAGAAGGCACACUUGUAGGCCCCGACCCUGCUCAGAUUGCAGAGGCAGCUUUAUUUGUCCAACUCACCUCAUACCACACAAACAGACUCUCAAAACAAAGAAGCCUUACAUGUGUGGUCAAUGUGGCAAGAGAUUUCAGACCCCAAGCACCUUGAAGACGCACCAGCUUACUCACACAGGAAAGAAGCCUUUCCACUGCUCCCAGUGUGGGAAGACUUUUGAUUCAUCAUUGCAUUUGAAGAGACACCAUAAAAUACACACAGGGGAGAAGCCUUUCCAUUGCACCCAAUGUGGGAAGAGUUUCAGUGAUGAAGGAAAUCGUAAUAAACAUCGGAGAAUACACACAGGAGAGAAGCCUCAUCAAUGCUCUGAAUGCGGGAAGAGUUUCAAUCAGUUAUCACAUUUAAAGGCACACCAACAAACUCACACAGGAGACAAUCUUUUUCACUGCUCUCCAUGUGGGAAGGGUUUCAGUCUGUCAUCUAAUCUGAAGAGGCACCAGCUAAUGCACAAAGAUAAGCCUUACCACUGCUCUCAUUGUAGGAAGAGUUGUAAGUUGGAAGGAUGCCUUCAGAGUCAUCAGAGAAUACAAAGUGGAGAGAAGCCCCACUGUUCCCAAAGCUUCAAUCAAGCAGGAGACCUAAAGACACAUCAGAGAGUACACAGUGGCGAGAAGCCCUACCACGGCUCCCAAUGUGGGAAGAGCUUUAGUCGGGCAGGACGGCUAAAUGAACACCAAAAAUAUCACACCGGAGAGAAGCCAUACCGCUGUGAUCAGUAUGGGAAGAGUUUCCAUCAGAUGGCAGAGAAAAGCAGAGCACCAGUGUGGGACCAUUACAUUGAAUUGGCACCAGGGAAAGCAAGGUGUCUUAUUUGUGAUAAAGAUAUAAGCAUGGGGUCAGCAAUGGCUAAAUCCAAAAAUACCACUAACCUGUGGAAUCACCUUAAGAACAUCCACCCAAACGCCCAUAAGGAAGCAAUGAUGAAAAAAGCAAACGCAAAUUCUUCACAAGGAAAAAGUGAUACAGACACGUCACAGACAUCGCAGGCUACACUCUUGCAACUGUUUAAUAAACAAGCAAAAUGGCAGGACAAAGAUCCAAAAUGGCAGGACAAAGAUCCAAAAUGGCAGGACAAAGAUCCAAAAUGGCAGGACAAAGAUCCAAAAUGGCAGGACAAAGACCCAAAAUGGCAGGACAUAGACCCAAGGGCCAAGAAGAUGGAUGAAGCAAUUAUUGAGAUGAUUGCCACUGACAACCAGCCAUUCACAGUGGUGUCUGACGUUGGUUUUCAGCGGCUGAUUAGUCUUGCUGAACCCCUGUACAGGAUCAAAGAUGAAACAUUCUUUCGCACAGAAAUGCUAGAUAAAACACAUGAAAGAGUUGUGAUGAAAGUGAAGAAUCUGGUGGCACCAAGGAACGCUCCACACAUGGCAUUCACAACUGACUGCUGGUCAGGCACUACAGAGUCCCUGAUGAGCCUUACUGGACAUUUCAUUGACGAUGUCUGGACAAGAAAGCAGGUUGUGCUGAAUGUCAAGACUAUGACUGGAUCACACGCAGGAAACUACAUCAGAGAGAUGUUUUUGACCAUGUUGGAAUAUUGGGACAUCCACACAGAACGUGUAGUGCUGGUCCUCAGGGACAGUGGGGCAAACAUGGUGAAAGGUGUGAGACUGGCAGAGCUUCCAGACUUCAGCUGCAGUGCACACACCCUACAGCUUGUAAUCAGUGAUGGCCUGUCCAGUCAGAGAGCUGUGCUAAACAUUAUUGCCAUGUUGAAGAGCUGUGCAACUCACUUUGACCACUGUGUACUGGCCAAACAUAGGCUGAGGGCCAUUCAGGAAGAGCUUGGCCUUCCCAAACACAGCAUCAUCCAAGCAGUUCAAACUCACUGGAACUCAACACUACACAUGUUGCAGAGGAUGUUUGAACAGAGGCGUGCACUGAAUGCGUAUGCAGGUGAAUACGGACACAUCAGCGGUUUGUCUGCUACACAGUGGGACAUUGUCUCUAACCUAAUUGAGACUCUGGCACCUAUAGAGGAGGUGACCGUGGAGAUGAGCCACUCCAACUCUACAGCAGCAUGCAUCAUCCCCAGUGUGUCGGUGCUGAAGCUGAUGCUGCAGCAGGAGGGUUCUUCUACUCAAGGCAUCAACACUUUACGGAAGACCAUGUUGGACAGUCUGACAAGGAGGUUCUCCAAGGCCGAGGAGACAAAGUGCCUGAUGCUGGCGACUGUCCUGGAUCCACGUUACAAGAGCUAUGCCUUCACCUCAGGGACAGCACUAGAGAAAGCAAAAGAGUGGCUGAAGGAGGAGUCUGACCUACUAAGGAAACCAAAUCCCAGAGCCACCGCAGAAAGGACGAGUGAAGAGGAGGACACCGAUCAAGGUGCAAAAAGACAAAGAGUCCAGAUAGAUCAGCCACCCAGUCUGGUGGACAGCCUCUACGCUAGAAUCCUUGGAAGCCAACAGGGCAGGGCCGGAGUCCAGUGCAGUUUUGACAUUGAGUUUGAGCGUUACCUCACAGAGCCUGUCAUUGACAGAAAGAGCGGCUUGCCUUUGGAGUGGUGGAAGCAGAACGAGGACAGAUUUCAGUCACUCGCUCCACUGGCGAAGAAGUUUCUCUGUCCUCCAUCUUCUUCGGUCCCAAGCGAGAGAGUGUUCAGUGAGGUGGGGAACAUUUAUGAUAAGUGGAGGAGCAGACUGACAGAGGACCAGGCAGACAAGCUCUGCUUUCUGCACUACAACCUAAAACUUCUUAACUGGGAUUAUUGAAGACCUGUGAAAGCUGGUGGUUCCUUUUAACAUGUUGUUCUCAUGUUAUUUGAGACUAGAUUGAUUUGAUGUAUUCAGUUAAAAUUAAAGUGUUCAUUCAG